AUGGAUUUCUGGAAUCGUCUGAUUGGAAAUAGUCCUACGACUACUCCUGCUCGCAAGCAGGUCGUAAUCCCGAGUCCGGAUAACAGAUUACAGGACUUCAAGAGGAUAUGGCUUACUCUCCAACACUCCUGGCGAAACGGCCACCCAAAUGACCCCCACCUGCAAACCAACCUUCGAAACCCCAUUCUCCGCCUCACCGACCUCCUAAUCGAAGAAGAAAACCAAUCCGUUCGUCUUUGUUACAACUAUGCUUAUGACCAACAAAUCUUCAUCCCUGUCUCCCGGAUCGCCCAAAACGGUUCAUCCAUCGUAAUCACCGCCGUAAUCCGCUUCUUCUCCACUUUGAUAGACGAUGAAGAAAACGAAUUCCUAUCCGCCCCAAACUUCGCACAAAGUCUGACAGAUUUCUUACAAAAGACUGCUAGAAAAGCAGAUCCGACAUAUGAGACCGAAUUCGUGGAGUUUUUGUUCAGCUUGGCCACGAAGAUUAGACAGAACCCUGAUACUUUGCCGCUAUGGUUCGCGAAGAGGGGGGAUAGACGACCUUCGGCGGAUUCCAAUGAACGGUUUGUGGGGAUAACGAAUAAAGAAGAUUUCCCGCUGUUUUAUUUGCUAUUGGAUUAUGUGCACCACGAUGGCAGGGUGGGUGACUUUGCGAGGACUGGGUUGUUAUACAUUAUCGAAUCCGCAUCGUCGUCAAAGGCGUUGGAAACAUGGAUCGUGGAGAGCGAUUUGGCUACUAUAAUGGCAUCUGGGCUUGGAGCGUUAUACAGUCAGCUUAGUAGAAAGUUGGUGAUUGCGUAUUCGGAAGAGGAUAUUCCGCCGGCGUUACGGUUUUCGGAUUAUAGGCAAGAUGGGUCGUUUGGCGCUGUUAGGUCGGAUUCCAUAGAGUUUAGAACGCAUUUGGAUACAUUUUUGUCGUACAUGGCGUUUUGGCAGGAUGUGCUGGAGCAUUGUCAUUCGAAUGAGGUUCGGCAGACGUUGUUGGAUCAUUUUAGAGUGCUAUUUAUUCAGCAGCUGUUGUACCCAUCGCUGCUGGAAAGUUCAGACGUUGACGGCGGUUCGUCUGUUGCUGUUUUGACAUAUCUCCGGAUUAUCCUCGAACAAUUGGAUUCCACCGAUAUGACACAUAUCCUUCUAUCAUAUGUUCUCUCUCUACCAACAGGCUCAGCAACUCCGGCAGAUGACUCGCCGAGUGUGGUGAAAAGAAAAGAAGCCUUAGACAUCCUAAGUCAAACCCCAGAAGCAGAUAGCACACCCACACCAGAUCUCUAUAGUUUAGUCGAUCUGAUAUUGACGGGUCUGCGGUCCAAAUCCCAGCCGACGAUAGCAUCCACCCUCCGUUUAGUAUCAGCUAUGAUCCGCAAGUUUCACCCAUACGUUGCCAUAUCUGUGCUGAAAACUACACCCGUGGCGGCAAGUCCUAAAUCCAGGACCGCGGGGAUGUUAAAUCACGAGCUAGAGAUCUUGACUGGAUUUAUUGCUAGGAUUUCUGAAGAAGACGAGGAGGAUCCGACAUAUGAGACAUAUGUUAGCGAUAUGUCCGUGCUCGUGGAGACACAUCCGUGUUCGGUGCAUGUGCUUGCUGCGAAGCUGAACCAGAGGAAUCAAGCAGUGCCGACACAUGCCUGUGCACCCUCAAUUAGUGAGCAUAUUGUUCGCCCGGAUGACCCCGUGUUGGUAGCUUGCAUGCGGCUGUUGGAGUCGUUCUUCGGGAAUACGGUUGAGACGAAUUUGAUGCUUACUUCAUUGCUUAUUGAUAUGGCAAGUUGUUGUAACGUCAGUCUUGAGAAGUGGUUAUUGAUGGAUGCGUCAAUGUAUCACAACGACUCGGCGAAUCAUGGAAUGUACGAUGAGGAAGAAGAAGAGGAAGAAGAAGGAGAGAAUCCAUUUGACGAAGAAAGUCCCUUCGGCCGCCCAAUCGACCCAGCCUCUGAAGCCUCUGACGAUGAUGACGACGAUGAUGAGAAAGAAGAAGACUUCAUCGCCAAUCAUCUCCGCAAAAUCCUAGCUGCUCGAAAACCACCACAACCAAUCGAUGAAACCACAUUUUUCAAGACUCUCCGAAGCUUGGUUGAAUUAGUAGAAAAGUACCGCACGCAGGUACCAAAUUUGGACAUCAGACUCUUCGAACGCAAGCAUGCCUUCAAAUUUACGGAAUCCCUGAAUGAAGCACUACUUAACACGAAUGCUAUUCAGUCGGGUUCUCCACGUAGAGUAUCGAAGACGCGACCUAGCAUUUCGGGAGCAACUGGUGGGUCUACAUCAGACUUUUCUACAACCCCCAGGAGAUCCGCUAGCCCCGCUCUCAGCGCUUCUCACCUAUCACCAAGUAAGAUGCCGCCAAGCAUGGGUAGUUUGAGAGGACGUUCGUCGGGACAUACAAGGAACGUGAGUGCCAGCGUUAUGAGUCCCUUCGGACCACAUCUGGUGGGAACGCAGAUUAGGAUCAAAUUAGUGAAUGGGAAAGAGAUAUAUAACGAGGCCACUAUGAAGCCAUUGCCGAGUUUACCGGCGGUUACUAGUCCCGGUGGGACCAAUACUCCUGCUAUCACGGCUAUGGAAGGGCAGAUGGAAAGUGAUGGGGAGACGGCUUCGGAGACUAUGUCAAGCUUUUCGGCGGAGAGCGAUGAUCACCAUGUUUCGACCAUGACGAUGUCGCAUUUACUUACAAAUAUUGUGAUUUUGCAGGAGUUUUUGAAGGAAUUGUCUGCGCUGUUGCAGAUACGGAGUUCGUUGUAUAAUGACAUUACAUAUAUUGCGCCGUCAUAG